CGGGCAUGUGCGCGUGCCACAGCACACUGAAUCGUAAAGAAUUACAAAAAAUUUAAAUCUCCCGCUAAACACAAUCAGCAAAAAUUCUCACACGGGGUGGGAAUUUGAGUCUAGUUCUAGUCGUACCCCCUAGAAUACGCGGCUGACAGCAUUCUACAGGUUCGAAUGACAUAUGUCAAUCUAUUACCUGUGAUCUGUGGCGCGUCGAGAAAUGGCGGCCUUAAAAACUCAAAUUCCGGAGCCGGAACAUGAGGAAGAAAACGGGAAUGGAGUGGAAAUUGAGGAUGUAGAAACUGCGCCCGAAAGUGUGAAGAAAAACAAAAAGAAAAAGAAGAAAAAGGCGUCAGGAAAUGGAGCCUUGAUUCAAGGUGAUGCGGCCCCACAAGUCGAGGCACGCCCCCAAGAGAAUGGGGCCAAGGAGGCAACGGCGGAGGACAAUGCUGAAGGCGAAAAAAAGAAGAAAAAGCGAAAUAGAAAGAAGGGGGGCAAGCUCACUCAAACCAAUCCCCCUUCCGUGGCCAUUGUCGAUCUAUUUCCGGAUGGGGCCUUUCCGAUAGGAGAAAUCCAGGAAUAUCCGUUGGUUAACGAUGACCGUACGGCAAAGGACCGGUUUUCUUCGGAGGAAAAGAAAGCACUAGAUCGAAUGCAAAACGAUAUUUACAAUGAAGUGCGAUUGGCAGCUGAAGCUCACCGACAGACUAGAAAGCAUAUCCAGAACUGGAUCAAGCCUGGCAUGAAGAUGAUCGAAAUUUGCGAGGAGCUUGAAAACACUGCUCGCAAGUUGAUCGCAGAAGAAGGCUUGAAAGCUGGCUUAGCUUUUCCAACUGGAUGCUCAAGGAAUCAUUGUGCCGCCCAUUAUACACCAAAUGCUGGCGAUGAAACCGUGUUGGAGUAUGAUGAUGUGGUGAAAAUCGACUUUGGAACUCACAUUAAUGGUCGCAUUAUUGACUGCGCCUUUACACACACGUUCAAUCCCAAAUACGAUAAGCUGGUGGAGGCUGUUAGGGAUGCCACUAACACGGGAAUCAGAGCAGCAGGUAUUGACGUUCAGCUGUGCGAAAUCGGGGCUCAAAUUCAGGAAGUUAUGGAAUCGUAUGAAAUCGACUUAGAUGGAAAAACCUAUCAGAUAAAGUCCAUUAGAAAUCUGAAUGGUCACUCGAUUUCACCAUACAGAAUACAUGCGGGAAAAACUGUCCCGAUCGUUAAAGGUGGGGAGGCCACUGUUAUGGAAGAAAACGAGUUCUAUGCCAUUGAAACUUUUGGUUCCACUGGCAAAGGAGUCGUUCACGAUGACAUGGAUUGUUCCCAUUAUAUGAAGAACUUCGAUGUUCCGUAUGUUCCACUUAGGUUGCAAUCUUCUAAGGCGCUACUGAAUAUAAUUAACAAAAACUUCGGGACGCUUGCUUUUUGCAAAAGAUGGUUAGAUCGUGCUGGUGCCACUAAAUAUCAAAUGGCGCUAAAAGAUCUUUGUGACAAGAGGAUUGUCGAUGACUAUCCGCCGCUUUGCGACAUUAAGGGCUGUUACACUGCUCAGUUUGAGCACACCAUCAUCCUACGUCCAACCUGCAAAGAAAUCGUUUCACGUGGAGAUGACUACUAGUUUCAAGGCGCGUUGUUUUUAAGGCCCGGGUUUAUAAAUUUGCUGAAUAAAUGGCUUACGUACGGGUAAGUGCUUAUCUGUAUUAUAAAGGAGACGUUAACGGUCUUCAAUUGUGCAUUAUUGAGUGUUGAUGUAAUUGGCAAAUGCUGUUUAUACUGUUUAUAAAGUCGAGCCUAAGAGCAAUUGUUUUAUUGUUUUUGUUAAUAGUAGAGAUUCCUUAUGUUGAUUAUUCAUUCGGGAUAUUGAAUAAAAUCGAUUUUUUCAAGGCAA